AUGGCCGACGUUGAGAUGAGCGAUGCGCCCGUCGCUAAGAAGGGCGAGGGCUCCGGCAGCAAGAGUGUCGAGGGAAAGAAGAAAUUCGAGGUCAAGAAGUGGAAUGCGGUCGCUCUUUGGGCAUGGGACAUCGUUGUUGACAACUGUGCCAUCUGCCGAAACCACAUCAUGGAUCUAUGCAUCGAGUGCCAGGCAAACCAAGCAUCUGCGACAAGCGAAGAGUGCACCGUGGCAUGGGGAAUAUGCAACCAUGCGUUCCACUUUCACUGCAUUUCGAGAUGGCUUAAGGCUCGAUCUGUUUGUCCUUUGGACAACAGGGACUGGGAGUUCCAGAAGUACGGUCGAUAA